GUUUCGCGACCAUUAUUGCACAACUUCAGCAAGCCGCCAACGCUAGUUAUCGUCUGCCCUACAAACCACAAGGCUACAAUCAGUAAGAUAACUCAACCUAUAACCGACGAAAGUUUUGCAUAUAAAAAGGAACAGGCAACAAAUUCGGUGCAAAUUACUCGAAUCGGCAAAAAUGGAAAAGGAAACACCGACGAAAGCUAGCAUCGUGAGUUCAUUAAUGGCGGUGAAGCGACGUUCCGGCAAGACUUUCAGUCAAAUAGCGGAGGAGACUGGAUUGACUAAUGUCUAUGUUGCUCAGCUCCUGAGACGCCAAGCUCAAUUGAAGCCCGAUACUGUCCCUAAACUCCGGGCAUCACUCCCCGGCUUUGUGGAUUCUCAAAUCCAGCUGAUGAUGGAACCCCCUCUUAGAUCCUAUGAUCCAUCCAUCAUCCAGGAUCCUACCAUCUACAGGUUAAACGAAGCUGUUAUGCACUUUGGUGAAAGCAUUAAGGAAAUCAUCAAUGAAGAUUUUGGUGAUGGCAUAAUGUCAGCUAUAGACUUCUUUUGCUCGGUUGACAAAGUGAAGGGCGUGGAUGGGAAAGAGCGUGUAGUGCUGACCUUUGAUGGGAAGUACUUGCCACACACUGAGCAUAAGGUGGAGAAUAUGGUAUCAAGACCAAAGGUGCCUAAAGAAUAGUUUUCAAGACUUAAGUGGUUAUUUGAUUAUGGUAUUCACCAAAUUGUGUUGUGUAUGCUUUAAGAUGUUUAUGAAAUAAAAACCUAAAUCUUGGUAUGAA